UUGGGGUUGGCCGUUGGGCCCGGGCCCUGCUCUUCCAUCUUGCCUGGGGCUCCGUGGCCUCCUGCGUGGAGCUGCCGGGCACUUGCUGGAGAGCCACCGGCACGCAGCAGCAGACCGGGAAGAAGGCCGCCAGACCUCGGCCCCAUGGUGCAGGUGGAGUUCUACGUCAACGAGAACACCUUCAAGGAGAGGCUUAAGCUGUUCUUCAUCAAAAACCAAAGAUCCAGCCUGAGGAUCCGGCUGUUCAACUUCUCCCUGAAGCUGCUGACCUGCCUGCUGUACAUCGUCCGCGUCCUGCUGGACGACCCGGCCCUGGGGAUCGGAUGCUGGGGCUGCCCGAAGCAGAAUUACACCUUCAAUGAGUCGUCCUCCGAGAUCAACUGGGCCCCCAUCCUGUGGGUGGAGAGGAGGACGGCUCUGUGGGCCAUUCAGGUCACCGUGGCCAUUAUCAGCUUCCUGGAGACCACGCUCCUCAUCUACCUCAGCUACAAAGGCAACAUCUGGGAGCAGAUCUUCCGCGUGGCCUUCAUCCUGGAGAUGAUCAACACACUGCCCUUCAUCAUCACGAUAUUCUGGCCGCCGCUGCGGAACCUGUUCAUCCCAGUGUUUCUGAACUGCUGGCUGGCCAAGCACGCCCUGGAGAACAUGAUCAACGACUUCCACCGAGCCAUCCUGCGCACCCAGUCGGCUAUGUUCAACCAGGUCCUCAUCCUCUUCUGCACCCUGCUGUGCCUGGUCUUCACGGGGACCUGCGGCAUCCAGCACCUGGAGCGCGCGGGCGGCAACCUGUCCCUCCUGACGUCCUUCUACUUCUGCAUCGUCACCUUCUCCACCGUGGGCUACGGAGACGUGACGCCCAAGAUCUGGCCGUCCCAGCUGCUGGUGGUCGUCAUGAUCUGCGUGGCCCUCGUGGUACUCCCGUUGCAGUUUGAGGAGCUCGUCUACCUGUGGAUGGAGCGGCAGAAGUCGGGGGGCAACUACAGCCGCCACCGGGCCCAGACGGAGAAGCACGUGAUCCUGUGUGUCAGUUCCCUCAAGAUCGACUUGCUCAUGGACUUUCUGAACGAGUUCUACGCCCACCCCCGGCUGCAGGACUACUACGUCGUCAUCCUGUGCCCCACCGAGAUGGACAUCCAGGUUCGCAGGGUCCUGCAGAUCCCCCUGUGGUCCCAGCGGGUCAUCUACCUCCAGGGCUCCGCGCUCAAGGACCAGGACCUCAUGCGGGCCAAGAUGGACAACGGGGAGGCCUGCUUCAUCCUCAGCAGCCGGAACGAGGUGGACCGCACCGCGGCGGACCACCAGACCAUUCUGCGCGCCUGGGCGGUGAAGGACUUUGCCCCCAACUGCCCUCUCUACGUCCAGAUCCUCAAGCCCGAGAACAAGUUUCACGUCAAGUUUGCUGAGCACGUGGUGUGCGAGGAGGAGUGCAAGUACGCCCUGCUGGCCCUGAGCUGCAUCUGCCCGGCCACGCCCACCCUCAUCACGCUGCUGGUGCACACGUCCCGCGGCCAGGAAGGCCAGGACUCACCGGAGCAAUGGCAGCGCAUGUACGGACGCUGCUCGGGCAACGAGGUCUACCACGUCCGCAUGGGGGACAGCAAGUUCUUCCGCGAGUACGAGGGCAAGAGCUUCACCUACGCCGCCUUCCACGCGCACAAGAAGUACGGCGUGUGUCUUAUCGGCCUGAAGCGGGAGGAGAACAAGAGCAUCCUGUUGAACCCGGGGCCCCGGCACAUCCUGGCCGCCUCCGACACCUGCUUCUACAUCAACAUCACCAAGGAGGAGAACUCGGCCUUCAUCUUCAAGCAGGAGGAAAAGCAGAAAAAGAAGGGCUUCGCGGGGCAGGGGCUGUACGAGGGGUCGUCCCGCCUGCCCGUGCACAGCAUCAUCGCCUCCAUGGGGACAGUGGCCAUGGACCUCCAGAACACGGAGUGCCAGCCAGCACAGAGCGGCGGAGGCGGCGGGGGCAGCAAGCUGGCGCUCCCCACGGAGAACGGCUCGGGCAGCCGGCGGCCCAGCAUCGCGCCCGUGCUGGAGGUGGCCGACAGCUCGACCCUGCUGCCCUGCGACCUGCUGAGUGACCAGUCGGAGGACGAGAUGGCGCCGUCGGACGAGGAGGGGCUGUCUGUGGUGGAGUACGUGAAGGGCUACCCCCCCAACUCGCCCUACAUCGGCAGCUCCCCUACCCUGUGCCACCUCCUGCCCGUGAAAGCCCCCUUCUGCUGCCUGCGGCUGGACAAGGGCUGCAAGCACAACAGCUACGAAGAUGCCAAGGCCUACGGCUUCAAGAAUAAGCUGAUCAUCGUGUCGGCGGAGACAGCGGGCAACGGGCUGUACAACUUCAUCGUGCCGCUCCGGGCCUACUAUCGGCCCCGCAGAGAGCUCAACCCCAUCGUGCUGCUGCUGGACAACAAGCCUGACCACCACUUCCUGGAGGCCAUUUGCUGCUUCCCCAUGGUCUACUACAUGGAGGGCUCCGUGGACAAGUCGCACCCCGGGUUGUCCCCCCGCAGCCUGGACAGCCUGCUGCAGUGCGGCAUCAUCUACGCCGACAACCUGGUCGUGGUGGACAAGGAGAGCACCAUGAGCGCCGAGGAGGACUACAUGGCCGACGCGAAGACCAUCGUCAGCGUGCAGACCAUGUUCCGGCUCUUCCCCAGCCUCAGCAUCACCACGGAGCUCACCCACCCGUCCAACAUGCGGUUCAUGCAGUUUCGUGCCAAGGACAGCUACUCUUUGGCUCUUUCCAAACUGGAAAAGAGGGAACGGGAGAACGGCUCCAACCUGGCCUUCAUGUUCCGCCUGCCUUUCGCCGCCGGCCGCGUCUUUAGCAUCAGCAUGCUGGACACGCUGCUGUAUCAGUCCUUCGUGAAGGACUACAUGAUCCCCAUCACCAGGCUGCUCCUGGGGCUGGACACCACGCCGGGCUCGGGCUACCUCUGCGCCAUGAAGGUCACAGAGGACGACCUGUGGAUCCGCACCUACGGCCGCCUCUUCCAGAAGCUGUGCUCCUCCAGCGCCGAGAUCCCCAUCGGCAUCUACAGGACCGAGUGCCACGUCUUCUCCUCGGAGCCUCACAACCUCAGGGCCCAGUCCCAGGUCUCGGUGAGCGUGGAGGACCGCGAGGACACCCGGGAGGCGAAGGGGCCCUGGGGCUCACGGGCAGGCACGGGCGGCGGCGGCGCCCACGGCCCGCACGCGGUGGGCGGCGGCUCGGCGGAGCACCCGCUCCUGCGGCGCAAGAGCCUGCCGUGGGCGCGGAGGCUGAGCCGCAAGGGCGCCCGGCACGCGGGGAAGGCGGCUGAGUGGAUCAGCCAGCAGCGGCUCAGCCUGUACCAGCGAUCCGAGCGGCAGGAACUCUCCGAGCUGGUCAAGAACCGCAUGAAGCACCUGGGGCUGCCCACCACCGGCUACGAGGAUGUAGCAAAUUUAACAGCCAGUGAUGUCAUGAAUCGGGUAAACCUGGGAUAUUUGCAAGACGAGAUGAACGACCAGCAGAACACCCUGUCCUAUGUGCUCAUCAACCCCCCACCGGACACGCGGCUAGAGCCCAACGACAUUGUCCGCGCCGUCUGACCUUUUAACACCAGACCUGAAGCACAAUUCAGCCGCUGGGCUACCGGCCCAGGCCUCCGCGAGGGACAUUUCUCCUCAUGAGGGAGGGACUCGGGGCACCACCGCGGUUCCCGUGUGACUGUUUCUGACAGGUUUUGCACGCUCAGUGCUGGAAACUUCUAUUAAAUGGAUGCAUCCUGCAGACUAGAGCAUUGCUUGUAAGGCCUCCCCUCCAUGGCUUCAAGCUCUGGGCCUGGGUCUGCCCCAGCCGCCCAGUUUCAAGGGUUAGAGACACUGGCUCUGGUCCCCAACCCACCGGACCGCACAGGGUAGCCCCUACCCCAGGGAGGUGCUGCUAGCCUGAGCCUUCCCGAAAAGCAGGAAGCAACUCGGGGGGCGGCGGGGACGGGGUCCAGGAGGGCUCCCUGGCGAGCUGCCCGGCCCUGGAGCCCGGCCGUGCCCAGGAGGGGUGCAUGCCCCUCGCCAGCACAAGGCAGCCGUGUUUGUCUUGGGGUGGGGCUCC